AUGGCUCGUAUCCAGAUUCCUCUCGACGUUCUAACGUCGCGCCUGAAUAUUUCGGAUCGCUUCGAGGGGUUCCGAAACACUUCACUCUCCAGCAGAUUUGCCAACAUGCGCCCCGUUGGUGAAUUCCUCGACUUCAAGCGCCUCUCGAAACCAGCAAAUUUCUCCGAAGUCCAGUCGCGUGUUAAUUACAACCUUGGAACUUUCUCGAGCAACUAUGCCUUGGUUUUCGUGCUCCUCAGCAUCUAUGCCUUGAUUACGAAUCCUCUCUUGCUCUUCGAUCUCGUGCUUCUAAUUGGUGGCAUGUGGCUUCUUGGUCGGCUCGGUGGACAAGAUCUCACCAUCGGUACCUUCCAUGCUACAUCGUCUCAGCUGUAUACCGGUUUGCUCGUCACCUGCGGUCUUCUAUUUCUUAUUGCAUCACCUUUCUCCACUGUCCUAUGGUUGAUUGGCGGUCUAGAUGGUCGGCCGCGAGCUCCCAAAUUUGCGCCCCAAUGGGGAAGACCAUCGAGGCGCCCGCGAAGAGGAUGGGGAGAAGAGGAGGAUCACGAUAUAUGGAGUACCGGGCGCAGGGUUGUGGAGGAGUUGUUGGAGGACGACGAAUCGGAUACACAAGGUGCUGAUUUGGUGACUACAUCUGGUAAUAGGCGGUUUGCGAGUGAUCCGCUUCGGUUCACAGGAAUAGAUUUAGGCGGUGGUGCUCAACCACGAAAUGGUCAUGCUUAUCAAAAUUCGGACGAAGACGAUGAUUCUACGGAAGACGAUUCCCAGGCCACAUCUGACGACUCAGACCAAGAGGAUGAUCCCGCUACGAGAGAACUUGACGAGGCCCUGGUACAAUCUGCUCUCGCCAGGAUGCGAAGGGCCCAAGCCAAGGGCAAGCAGGAUGUUAAACUUAAUAAGCAAGAGCUUGCAGCUCUUGAACGCAGGCGGAAACGUCUACAGGCUGAAGCGGAAGCUACAAAACGACGUAAUGGAAAACAACGGAAAGAAAAAGAACAACGUUAUGCCGUUCCCCUUUCACAUUUCGGGGGUCCAUCUGGCUCCAACGAAUCCCUAUCACGACGUGCCCUACCUUCGACCGACGAACAAGACCGACAACUUGGCCCACCAAUGGGCCGAUUUCCUCCCCCUAACGCAUCUCGUACCCGCCCUCGUUCGGGAACAUCAUCUACAUCAUCUACCUUUCGUCCUCAAUCCACUGUAAGAGAGACAUCACCCUUUGAUUAUCAAUACGUAAACGCACCCCCCAAUACCCGACAUGCCUCCGAUCCUUCAGGAAGACCUACAUCUUCUCGCUUAUCCCACCCACAUGACGAGGAUUGGACACCUCCUUCCUCAUCGUCGUCUCACGAAGCCAGAGAUCCCUUCCAAUAUCAAACUGCGGGACCAGAGGCCGCUUCGGAAGUGCCGUAUGGUGUGAUACAUCGCAGGCCUGUUCCUACUGCAGUCAGGAGUAGUCCACGGAGAGCUAAGAGCCGGGAUGCGAGAGCUCAACAGGAAUUAGAGGAUGAGACAACAAGUGAUGAUGGAGGGCACGGCGGGCGAAUUGGUAGCCGAGGUGAGAUUCUCGUUGAACAAACGUCACCUUCACCUGAGCGGCCCAAGACCAAGAAACCCUCGUCUAGCCAGGCGUCUGUCAAACGGAAAGCAACUAGUAGUGGUAAAAAACGAAAAGGGAAAUGA